AAAAAAUCACCGUGAAAGAAAACGAAAUCUGCUUCGAAGAGCAAGAACAGCACUUCUAAACUUUCAGUUUGGAGGACAAAAGACUUCUCUCCCACCACCACCCAGGGCGGGCUACACUCGACGAACUUCCAUCCAUCUCGAAGGACAGAAAGGGUACUAGAAAGAAGCAAAAAAAGAAUGGCUCCGAGCAUGAAAUCUCUCUUGAAGAAGAUGGCCGCCUUCGUGGUGGUCGGCACGCAGCUAUCAAAAGGAAAAAUCCCCCCUCCCCGUAUCAAAACGAAGUUUCUGAUGCAGGAUUUGCGUACACAGAUCAGAUCUGUCUUGCUGGAGAGGAGUGCAGGCCCAUACUGAGCCUAAGUAGAGAGGCUCUGGCCUAGGCGUCUAGCAUGAGAAACGCCCGCGCUGUAGGCCGAUCAGCAUCACAAACCGCCUGCACAAUGCUGCGGAGGUUGUGGAGUUGCCUUGUUGCAAGACAGACGCGAUUCGUGGUCACAAAUCAGCAACGCAAAUUUUCGGAAACGUGCCGUGUCAAUAUGGGCAGGCGGGAUUUUUCCUCGCGAUAGCAGCUGUCGCCGCUCCCGACCGUCGACGGCGUGGAGGUGUUGCUGCUGGACAAGAUGUAUGCCUUGCAAAUAUGUCUGGGUCUGGAAACUUGUGAUGCUGGGUGGCGUAUCAUGACGAGGCCACAAGUGCUGGCGCAGCAUGACAAGUUUCUGAGCUACUAGGUGUUGCCUUUUCUGCAUCAGAAACUGCGUUUCUGCAUGACAGAAAAGUGGGGCUCUUGUGUAAUGUGCAUGACAGAUUUAAGAGUCAUGCCAGACAAGCAUGACAAACAUGCAUUCUUCCAGACCCAGACAUAUUUGCACUCGACAAGAUGCGCAAGAAGAAGACGGCCAAGAAAGUGGAACUACAACGCGCAGGAGCGGUAUGGAAGCGUCAGGAUUGAAAUCGUCAAAGUUGAAAUAAUUUCUCACGCAUAAAUAAUCGCAAGGCAUGAAGUGCCUCUCUUGCAGGGAUGGCAAGUGUUGGGGCCGACUGUCAGCCUGUCUGGGGUCUGUGAUAGAGCUUCUAAAGUAGCAUGACAAAAGACGCCUUCUGUCCCUAAACAGCGUGACAAACUGGAUUUAGACGAUGCCGAAAGUUGUAGUGCACCGCUUACAACUUGGCCGUCCAACUCGUAUCGAUUUUAUGCAUUACAAGUUAUUUCAACUUUGUCGAUUUCAGUCCUGACACAUCCAUAAGCGGAAAAGGGGACGGCCGGGUGGAACCCUAUCAGUGCCGUUGGGAACGCCAUUAAUGGCGCUACUUGCCUGACUGCCCCUAGUUGCCUGGACCUGUACCAGCAACAAUGCUGUAUGUGCAAGUACAACUCCGCGUGCCCCGCCAUUAUCGCAGAAUACGGAAACAAGAUGGGGGAUCCGAACCAGAAGCCUUACUGCAGAUCUUGCGGUUGCGCAUGUCCCUGAUUGAUUUUCGGUGCGCUGGUGGUAUCCUGAGAAAAAACGGCCCCAUCCCAGAGUUGUCAUGUGCUUUAACUUGGUCUUUUCCAGUACAUAAACACCCCAGAGUUGUCAUGCAGAUCUGCAAGCAUUUUUUUAUAAUGCGCAUCCCCAGGAGAGGCAUUACCCAUCGUUUUUUGGAACUUGUAAUUCUGUGAACAGGAUAAGGAGAUGGAUUUGCUAUGCAGAUUACCUUGCUAAAAAACUGCAUUACACUACAGCCUGCAUCUUGUCAUGCGUGGCUCCCAAAACUUUAAGGGCUUGCGUUGCAAAAUAAUCCCCACCUUGAGGACUCUGGUGUGGGGACAAGACAUUUUUAGUCAGGAUAGCUGGUACGGAAGGCCGGACAACCAUUUGUAUUUGAUUUCCUUCGCAAGCGCGGUGUUCUUCAAGAUGUAGAUGAUGAUCAUGAUUAUCAUAUCAAAAGGAAAUAUCCCCCCUCCCCAUAUCGGAAACGGAAGACGCGUGAAUUUGUGAUGCUGUAUUUGAGUACACAAAUCGACUUGCGAUGCUAGAAGGCCAAGAGACGAAGCUGCGGCCUACAUUGCAGGUAAUCUGUCAUGCUGUUUCCCACUUCCAGCUGCCUCCUCCUCCUGUCAUCCUGGACCUGCAAGGCUUUCCCACACUAGGCAGCACUACAGUCCGCAUCUUUUGCCUUCUAGCAUCACAAAGCUGACUUGUGACCACAAAUUUGCAUCGCAGAUUUCCGUUUUGAUAUGGGGAGGGGGGAUUUUUCCUCGCAAUAUAUCACCCUCACCUUGAAGAACGCCAGGUACUACUAGGUAGCCUUCCCAAGAAAUAAACAAGUAUCUGCUCGUAUCAAAUGUAAAAAUGUCUGUGUCUGGAAACUUGGAACUUGUGAUGCUAACUCUGGACUCUAAAAAAAUCUGUAUUGCAUGACCAGCAAUAAGAGCCACAUUUGUGCUACGCGAGGAGGGCAUUUGUCAUGCAGAAAUGACAUCAGGAACAUUCCAAAAAUCUAUGAUGCUGGGUCAUGCAUUACAAGCAUCAUGGGUCUUCAUGCCAGACAAGCAUGACAAGCCUUCCAUUCUUCCAGACCCAGACAUUUUUACAUGUGAUAGCUCGUACGGAUGUUCUCGCGAUGUUGUAUAAAAAGAAUUUUCGUACAUUUAUUUUUAAAAUCAAAGUUUUCAUCAGCAGUAAGAAAUUAAAAGAGGCUGCAGAAGAGGAGGGCGAGCCUCGACGCACGUGAGUUAGAUUUAGAUGGCUACGGCCAGCAUUGUUACGCCGAUUCUUGCUUGUAAACGACCCCUAGAACAAAUAUAUAGUAAAGAUUCGGGAAAAAUUUUACCGAAGAACAUCGCGCGAUUGUACUAAUAGAAGUGCGAAUGGGGGGAUCUGCCGAGUUAGUGUCAGUCGAUUUUGGACUUACACGAACUCGCCAGUCGGGCGCCCGACUGGCGAGUUCGUGUAAGUCGAAAAAAAAAAGAUUGCAGACUCUUUUCUGCGUUGCUCUUCCUCCCUUGUCGACGAGCUGCUCCAGUUUCUCGGCGUUGCUCCUCUUGCUUUGCUACAAAAGUCGUGUCCAAAAAGCACAACUAUGAGGCCGCGCGCAAAAUCGGAGCUCCCCCGUCCACCGCACCAAAGAUGGCAAAUCCAGAAAAUAUGGGCGCGGGGUGGUAGUGCGAUUGUACUUUUUUCUCUUCUUAGUGGAGCAGAAGCUUUUCUUGGUGUGGUUAGCACCAAGAUGACUUUUUAGAAACCACAUCAGGAGGAAAUACAUCAAGCACCACCGAAAGAGAGCGGAGUCAUAAGUGAAAAACUGCGAUCCGCAAGCGCGCCACAAAAGGAAUGGGCGCGAAAAAAUCUGAAUACUAAAGCCCCGCCACGCAAUGUCAAAGAAGCCAACAGCAAUUGGCCAGGGGCGCAAGCAAGCUGCUGCUGCGCUCUAUUGUUUUUUCUGUCGUAGAGAACGACCCGCCUCCAUAGAGAGGACAAGUUUCUAGAGAAGCUUACAAAAAGCGGCCCGAUUGAAAAAGGGGCCGCGGGCUGCGAAAAAGUAAGGGUGUCUGGGAUCUACUUGGGAGCGAGUCUGUUGCUUUACUGCGUGCGCGCAGCGUGUUUCUGUUGCGAAGUAGUUGCGCUACGACUGCUCUCCGAAAAGAGGCUUUCUGGUCGUUUUAGCGAGAAUAGUGGCAGACAUCAGCAGAAGCAGAGGGCUAUUUUGCUUUGUGGCAAGCACUGCAAAACGAGCCAGAGACCACCUGACUGCGCUCUUUUGGGAAAAACUGCACGAAGUAGAAAAAGCGCCACAGCGCGGGCGAUAUGUGUUUCGCUUGGUAUUAAAUAGCAUCUACUCGAAGCGAAACCGCGCCCGGCGCUGUAAUCUCACAGAAAGAAAAUAAUGGCGCAAAAUGCGCCGUAGCAUCGGCGUUCAAUUUCGGAAACAGGAUUCGCGAUAAAAAGCCCCUCGAUUUCGAGAAGGGGGGCGUAGGGGGGUAAGGUCGGUCAGGAUCCGGAUUUGGGGGGGCUUCUCGGUAUCGAGAAGGGGGUCGAUUAAUCGUACAGGCUCGUAAAGAUUCGGGAAAAAUUUUACCGAAGAACAUCACGCGAUUGUACUAAUAGAAGUGCGGGGGCUGUAAAGAUCCUAAACUGUAAGAAAAAAAAUGCCCUAGACGAACAAGCGCACUUAUUUCCCAUUUUUUCCAAAAUCUCUUCGCAAAGAAAAAAUUCAAAGUGGUAUCCUAUCCCCACGGUUACUUAUUUCCCCGUUUCACAACUUCAUAGACACGACCAGUACUAACACCUUUACACUAGACAAAAAAACAGUCACCAGCCCCGGAAAAAUAUAUUGCCACUAAGAGGAAGAGGAAGUUUAACGUCUACACGAGCACAUCGUUCUUCGAUCGUGCAUGAAGACAAAGACGAAGGCCGCUAGAAAUGCUACAAAAACCACGCACCGUUGUGGCAAAGGAGGUAGCGACCAAGAACAAAACGACUUCCACUUGCUUAGAGGACAACGUUUUUACGACUCAUAUUUUCAAGUACACAUACCGAC